AGGGGAAGUGGGCUGUGUUCCGUCUCUUUAACCACUACAGCUGGAACAACUGCCUUGCACACUCACUUUCGCGUUGGGGACUCCUUGCUCCAGUGCAUUGAGCAGUAGUUUGCAAGGGCAGCUGGCCCGGGACGAUAAAGAUCAGUGACUUUUCCAGGCGUCCCCCAGGGCCCGGCCUCCCUGCCGCACGGGGCCAUGUGCAGCAGGCCAGGGGUGACGAUGGCUCUUGGCUCGCUCGUGCCAGCCAGGUCACAAUAGCUCUCAUGCCGCUGGCUGCGGGCGGAGGGAGAGUCCCGGGCGGCUGUGGAAUGAAGCGAGGCAGCCGCAGUUGUCAGUCCCGUCACUGCUGCUGGAAGAACAACGGGGGGCUCCGGUUUCUGGCGCGGCGGGCGGCGUUAACCUUUGCGGCGCGCAGCCUGCCAGCGACGGGGGCUUUUGCCCACGAGCAGCGGGCGAUGAGCGGGGCAGCCGGGCUGAGCCGCGGCCGCCGAGGGCAGGUCUAAGGGGCAGAGAGCGGCGCUCGGGCGGGGACCGCGGAGCUGGGCCAUUGUCUCCGACCAUGCGAAGCGCCCUGUGAGCGGAGCCGCUGCUGGGAUGAGCGCCUCGGCUGCCACCGGGGUCUUCGUCCUGUCCCUCACCGCCAUCCCCGUCACUUACCUCUUCAACGUCUUAGCCGCCAGCAGCAGUUCCUGGGCAAUUGUAGCAGUUGGAUCCCUGAUUCUGAUUUUCGUUGCUCUAGUAGCCCGUACUCUGGUCAAAAGAAAACCUCCAAAAGACCCACUUUUUUAUGUUUAUGCCGUAUUUGCUUUUACCAGUGUAGUGAACCUUAUAAUAGGACUUGAACAGGAUGGAAUUAUUGAUGGAUUCAUGACCUACUACUUGAAAGAGGGUGAGCCUCAUCUGAACACUGCAUAUGGCCAUGUGAUCUGCUAUUGGGAUGGCUCUGCGCAUUACCUGAUGUAUCUCUUAAUGGUGGCAGCUAUUUCGUGGGAAGAAAGUUACAGAACCAUUGGCCUAUACUGGUUAGGAUCCAUUGUCAUGAGCAUUAUUGUCUUUAUGCCUGGAACUAUUGUGGGUAAAUAUGGAGCAAGAAUGUGUCCUGCUUCUUUCUUAAAUGUACCAUAUAUUUGUCUUCCUAUAUGGGCUGGGUUCAGAAUCUAUAAUCAUCCUUCAGUGACUUACAAUACUCCCAUCAAGGUGGUUCAGAAAGUCCAGAAGAAAGGACUCCUGAGAAGACCACUAGAUCUAAUGCUGGCUAUAUAUCUCAUCCUCGCAACUGGGUUUUGCAUAUUUAGGGGCAUGAUUGCUUUGGAUUGCCCUGCUGAACUCUGCCGGUUAUAUAUUCAACUUCACGAGCCCUAUAUCAAGGAUCCUGCUGGUUAUCCUAAACUUCAGAUGCUGACAUACAUGUUCUACUCUGUGCCUUAUUAUAUGAUCGCACUGUAUGGCCUGUUGGUGCCUGGUUGUUCUUGGAUGCCUGACUUAACCCUUAUACAUGCUGGAGGACUAGCCCAGGCUCAGUUUUCCCAUAUUGGUGCUUCUCUUCAUGCUCGAACACCUUACAUCUACAGAGUCCCUGAUGAGGCAAAAUUCUAUUUUCUAGUACUGAACAUAGUGUAUGGAAUCCUUCCCCAACUGCUGGCUUAUAGAAAUGGGCUGCAGAGCUGUUGGCCGUCACUAGGGUCCACUGGACCGGACAGAGCCCAGCUUGCAAAUAGAAGACAAGGCUGGGGGAGAGGGAGGGAACUGGAGGGUUCCCAGCAGCUGCAAUUCCCAGCAUGCCCUGAAAGAAAGAAGUGGCUGCACGCAAGAAACUCCGUGCAAGACCAGGACCCAGCAUCAGACUGUUUCUCCCUCUGGAUCCCUGGGCUCUGGGGGGUAGAGGGUGUGAGUGUCUGGGCUGGGGGGGCCCACGGCUAGCCUUUGGGAGGGAGAGGGGGUGUGAGUGUCUGGGCUGGGGAGGCAUGGCUGGGCUUUGGAGAGGGAGCAGGGGGUGUGAGUAUUUGGCCCCCCAGUUGGGCUCUGGGGGAAGGGGGCAGAGUAACAGGAACCAGGUUGUCAUAGGGUUUUUUUUAAUUCUUUACUCCUGUUACAGACAUACUUGCUGACCGGUAUUUUGAAAUAAAUUACCAAAAUAAUUGAAA